CUUAUUAUUAUUCUAAUGUCAUUACCCAAAUUCCAACAUUUUGAAACAACUUUAUUCUCUUCUGGUGUAUAUGAAUUUGCCUUUAAUCGACCACAUAUCUAUAAUGCAUUGAAUCAAGAAGUGUAUCAAGAAUGGAGGGAUGCACUUUUAUGGGCAGCAAAGGAUGAUCGUGUCAAGGUAUUUUUAUUAACCGGCCGCGGAAAGUAUUACUGUUCUGGUCAACAACUUUACCGACCCAAUGUCCAUACCAAAGAAGGAAAUGCAGCCGAUGAAAUAAGACGAAAUAUUACAAAAGGCGUCGUGACGGCAUUGAUUGAUUUCCCCAAAUUGAUAAUCGCAGCAGUCAAUGGACCUGCUUAUGGAUUUGCAGUGACUAGUCUUGCAUUGUGCGAUGUCGUUUAUGCAACACCAGAUGCUACUUUUACAACCCCUUUUAUGAAACUUGGAUUCUGCAGUGAAGCUUGUUCAAGUUAUACAUUCCCAAGGAUUAUGGGUAAUUCCAAGGCCAAUGAAAUGCUGCUUAUGGGACGUACAAUGACAGUGGAAGAAAUGGUUGGAUGUGGAUUUGUCAGUCGAACCAUCAGCAAGGAUACCAUAAGACAAGAAACUUUGAAACUUGCAGAAGAAGCAGCUUUAUUCUCACCUGAAGCUUUAAAAGUGACCAAGGAUCUGAUUCGACAUAUGGAACGACCUUUACUUCAUGAUAUGAACGACAAAGAAAUGAUCCAACUACAUACACGUGUCCGAUCUCCUGAAUCUAUAGCAAGUUUGAAUGCUUUUGUUGACGCUUCUGAAAAAAGAAGGGCUGAACGACAAGCUGCCAAAAGCAAAUUGUAGAAUAGUCAUUUAUUAUUAAAGAAAUAAACACUUU